ACAGCCAUAAAACACGCCCCUAGCCGCGCACCUCUCCCGCAGGCCGUCAGCGGGAUUCUACAACACGCUUUACGCUCCUUCAACAUCCAUCAAUUCAUUCACUCAGUCAUAGCCAUGCAACGACAAUGGGAACGGAUAUUUAAAAACUGCAAAGGCAAACAACAAAGAAAAGAGGCCACCAGGCGUAAAUUGACAAAUUGGGGCUUAUAUCGUGCUUUCAGGUUGUUUUCUGUUAUGAAAUGGACCAGAUCAUAGGCUAAUGUCGCGUGCUGCUGUCAGUCUGCUGCUGCUGUGGCCGCGUGCAGAUGUGGACAUACUAGUACAUUAGGCCAUUCACCCCGCGAGAUAUUGUCCCCUCCAUCCUCUUCCACUCCAUCCCCUCUCUCGGGGCCAAACUGGCGUGUGCGUCCCUCCCCGGGUAUGUCUCUCCGUCUCUCCGCCAGAUGGGGCGGAAAACAGACGCCUCUGGAGAGGGAUGUUUCCUUCCUCAGCCGUUUGUCCUACUGGUGGAUUUACAGAGUCGUGUCAGCGGGCCAUAGGAGGGGGCUACAGCUGUCGGACUUGUGUUGCCUUGGCGAUGAGGACUCAGCCCAGAGUUUAUGCUCAGCCCUCCAGCAGCAGCAGCAGCAGCAGCACCGGACGACAGAGGGACGGAGUCAUAGCCAAGAGUCAGGAGAGGAGGAGUCACUGGGUGGAAACACCUCCCACCCAGGUGUUCACCUGUCUGGCCCCGCCCUGCUGUGUCAUCUGUAUGGGUGGCUCCACCCCUCACUGCUCCAGGUAACCCUGCUGAGGAUGACCUCUGACCUACUGGCCCUCCUGCCCCCUCAGGCCCUCAGGUGUGGUAUUCUCUACUGUGAGAACCAGCCUGUCUUUGAUUGGUCUGGGCUUACCCAUGCCCUGGCACUAUUGGCUGCUGUAGUGUGCCACGCCCUGGUCCAGCAGGUGUGUGAGCGUCACAGCAGGAUGACUGAGGUCAGAGUUCAGACAGCGCUGACUGGAGCCUUGUAUAAACAGGCCCUGUCCCGGUGCAGUAUUCCUGGGUGUCUACCCUCCCCUGCCCCAUCGUUAACCCCACUCCGGGCUGACGUUGGACGGUUAGCAGAGCUCCCAGUCUCCCUGUCUGCCCUGUGGUCUUCCUGGGUGCAGGGGACAGUGUGUGUGUGUCUGCUGUGGAGAGAGCUGGGUCCCUCUUCUCUGGCGGGACUAGCUGUAUUGUUACUGCUGGUACCGCUCACCUCUGCUGUACAACUCAGGGCAAGGCUAUUACAGAGAAGCCAGGAGAGCGUGAGGGGAGAAAGACAGCAGCUCAUGCAGGAGAUGCUGAACGGAAUCAAAACGGUGAAGUUGUUGGUCUUGGAGGCGUGGUUCCAGUGCAGAGUGGGCAUUGCCAGAGAGAAGGAGCUGGAGACGCUGAGGAUUCUGGGAUUCCUGACGGCCUUCUCCCUAUUGGACCGCGUCUGUGUGCCUUUCCUGGUGUGUGUGUCCAGUUUGGGUGUGUAUGUGCUGGUGGAUGAUGGUAACGUUCUGACAGCGUCUCAGGUGUUCACCUGUGUGUGUCUGUUCACACUGCUACGCUCACCUUUUAACCUACUGCCCUCCCUGGCACUGCACCUCACACAGACAUGGCACUCCCUCUGUCAUCUGGACCACUUCCUCUUCUCACAGGAAGUCUCUCACACAGAGAAUGGCACUCUUUCAGAAAAUGGGGUCAAGAAAAGCUGUCUCGAGGAGCACUCAGAUCGGUGCAGUAAUGAGACCUUGAGAGAGACAGAAGCAAACACUGUACCUCUGCCCAAACAUGGUGUGAGCAGUGUGUGUAUUCGGCUGUAUCUGCAUGUGUGUGGCUUGGGCUGGGUGUUGUUGACUGUAUUAUCCCAGGUGUGUGUUUGUGUGGUGGGUGUGUGUCAGACCGGUCUGUUAGCCGUGUGGACCAGACAGGCUAAAGAACUACAGGGGCUGGAGGAGUGGAGAGAACUACGAGACUCACGACUAUCUGUCUACGCUGUACUGGGGCUGCUGCAAGCUCUGUCCGUGUGCUGUGUAGCAUUAGCAGUCACUGGUGGUUCUCUGAAGGCGUCUGCCAGUCUCCACUCUGAGCUGCUCUUUGCUCAGCUCCGCCUUCCUCUCAGAUUCUACCAGAUCACGCCCUCUUCUCUGGUCCUGCGCAGCCUAUCACAGGAGAUGUACGUGAUUGACGAGCUUGUCCCCGCCAACCUCCUCUCCUGGCUCUCCUGUUGGCUGCAGGUGUUUGUGACAGUGCUGCUGAUUGGCUACAUCUCCCCUCUCUUCAUCCUGAUAGUCCCGGUGCUGACUUACCUCUUCCUCACAAUACAGUCAUACUACAGGUCAGUCUCGGGUCAGGUGAGGAGGAUGGUUUCAGACUCUGCCUCCUCUCUCUCAUCCCUCCUUUCUGAGUCACACAGGGAUGAGGUCACCAGUGGUAGUCAUGAUGACCCCUUGACCCGUUGCUAUGGUGCCCUCAACGAGCACCUGGUGUGUCGCUACAACUGCAUUUUAUUGGACAGGUGGGUAUCAGUGUGGUUGGAUGCCUUUGCAGGACUGGUUCUGUUCCUGGUCUCUGUGACUCUACUGGACUCUGAGGUAGACCCCAGUACUGUAGGACUGGUCCUGACUUACACCCUCAGCCUGAGAGAGGUUCUUCAUCUCCUGGUCCAAGCAAGCUGUGGCGUAGAGAGCAGUGCUGGUGCCAUCCAGAAGAUGGACCAACAUGCACACAUGGAGAGAGAGCCCCCCUGGUCUGUGCCCUGUAGAGCACCCCCUAGCUGGCCAAAGGAGGGAGUGGUGGAGUUCAGGAGCUAUGAGACGGAGCUUAACCCAUCACCCGCUGAACUGUCUUUUUGCACCCGGACCAGAGAGAAGGUUGGUGUGGUGAGCAGAUCAGGAGCAGAGCUGGACGCCAUAACCAGUUCUCUCUUCCGAUUGGUGGAAGGCCGAAGGGGCGUGUUGAUGAUUGACGGGGUGGACAUCUCUAGUGUGGGACUCCAUGACCUUCGCAGCCGGUUGGCGGUCAUAGCUCGGGUUCCAACUCUGUUCUCCUGUUCACUGCGCUCCAACCUGGACCCCUGGGGUUGCCAUGGGGAUGCCCAGGUGUGGCAGGCACUGGAGAGGUGCCACCUGAAGGAAAGGGUCAGCUUGCUGCCAGGACAGCUCCUCUACCCACUACAACACGGAGGGGCCGGGCUCAGCUCCAGUGAGAGGAGGCUGCUGUGCGUGUGUCGUGCCCUGUUGAAGGGCUGUGUUGUCCUGGUAGUGGAGGACCCUGUUCCCCCUGUAGACGUCCACACUGAGAGGCUGCUCCAGAGCAUCAUACACACACACUUCUCCCACUGCACCGGGCUGUAUCUAACACAGAACCCUGGGAACGUCACACACACUGACAGGGUGUUGGUGUUAGAUGGGGGACGUGUGGCUGAGUUUGACUGCGCCUCUGCUCUCCUCCGGGGGGAGGCACUGUUCUCCCAGCUGCUCUCUGAGACACAUAGAAACCAAGACACAGAAGAAGAGUGAAGAAUGAGGGUGGAAGUUGGUAUUAGGAACAGAACUAGGAUCAUUUUACCCAUGAUCAUAAUGAUGCUGGACUAGCUGUUUGAGUUUGCUCAGUUGUUUGAAGCAUGGGGUUUCAACACCAGAGUAAUAACACCAGAGUAAUAACACCAGAGUUGUGGGUUUCAACACCAGAGUAAUAACACCAGAGUUGUGUGACACUCUGGAUAAAAGCAUCUGCUAAAUGACCAUAUUAUUAUAUUACCAUGUGUUAAGUGCCCCUCGUAAGAGGAUCCUAAAGGGCUAUACAUUGUGAUGAGGUUACUUACCUCAUCCUCUACCAGCAGCGUCCAUCUUGGCUCAAUGGGGCUAUCUGGUUGCCGUGACUGUGAUGCUUUUGCAAUAUGGUCAAUGUGAAACUGAGUUAUAGAGGAACCGCAUGGACUGUGGCCAGGGCUUUAAGUGUACUCAGACUAUGUGGUGAUACAGGAUCAAUACUAAAAGUACAACAAAUACAGCACAGUAAGCACAGCACUCAAUACAUACAGCAAGUUUAUCUCAAUGACUGACACCAGCACAUCAAACUACUGCCUGGACUACAGACUCUCUCUCUGUGUCUCUCUUCCAACCCCCUUCUCUUAAUUUAUCUUUCAUUUCUCUCUCUCUCUCUGUCUCUCUCUCUGUCUCUCUCUCUGUCUCUCUCUCCCUCUCCCAACUGCCCUUCUCUUAAUUUGUUUGAUCUCUCGCUCCCGGUUAGGCAUAAAUCUGUUCUGAUUGAAGAGGGCUUUUAUUGACCAGGAUUAUCUGUCCAGCUCUGUAUCUACUGUUACGGGUACAUUCAGGCUUGGCCAGUACUGGCCAUACAAAAUCUGUACAAUGUAUACAAAAUGUAUUGUGUCCUUUUGAACUCAUUCUGAUGAUACAUGAUCAAUUGUAACUGAUCAUCGGUGUGUGUGUGUGUGUGUUUCUAAUGAACAUCAAAUGUUGAAGGUUCUAUUUUCUUAAUUCUACCCUGAGCUUUAAAAUGCAGUGAUUACUCAUAUCUAUAAUUACCAGAACCUCCGUGUGUGUGUGCUCUUGUUGAAGCACAGGACUGAUAAGUUUAAUUGGCAGGCUAAUCACUUUAACAAAGUACGACUGAUAACUGACUGGGGUAACCCACACACACUCUUCAGUGUGUGCGUGCGUGUCAUGUCUCAUCAUCGAAAAUGCACAAUAAACACAGACGUCAAU